AUGGAAGCGUCACCACAUUGUGCAGCUGAAAAGAAGUACCGGAACAUCGCACCUUGGUUGUUGCAUUGUGUGGGAUUGCCGGGGGAUAAAUUUAAAUCAAAGAAAUCUUGCCAGAAAUCUCGUUUAUCCAAAGAUACUGGAGUCACUUUUAACAGCAUUCCUGCAGUCUGUUUCCUCCCACGAUCGCAAAACCUUGUUACGUCGGAAUUUGCAACUCCCAAGUUUCCAGAAUGUCGAAUUCAGAUUCUGGACAAGAAAGGGAAGUUGCUGAACUCAUUUCCGACAGAAGUUGAACGCAGAGGUUCGUCUACGUUCGGAGUAUCGCCGGCUUCAGAUGACGACUCGUACAUCGCAGCAUGUACCGGCAGAGGAGUUGCGAUUUGGUCUACUGAAGGAAAAUUAGUCGCAAAUAUGACUAGUGACGACGUACAAAAUUGUUGCCAUAUCACACACAUGAAGUGUGGACUUCUGGCAACAACCUGCAUUACUGAUAUGCGAGGAAGAUGUGUAACGUUAUGGGAUCAAAGGUCAGGAAAAAUUGUGUCGCAAUUUGCAUCGAGACCUGAGAUUGUUGAAUUGAAUCCAUUGAAAGCAACACAAAAGAUUAUAAUAAGAAACAACCAUAUUCGUCUUCCCUGGUUUUUGACAUCGAACAGCAAAGAUGAAAUUUUUAUUUCAGAUCGAAAUUCCAAGUGUAUUAAAGUAUUCGACACUCGCAAUCAACGCUACAUCAAGUGUUUCGAUACAAGUGGUUUUGAUACAAGAGUCAAGAAAUCCAUAGUUCCACAAGGACUUUGUACAGACGAAAACGAAAAUCUUAUAGUUAUGGAUAGCAACACAAAAUCACUUCUUCUUUUUGACCCAAAAGGCUCAUUUAUUCGACCUUUGACCCGGAAGGCGGAAUUUGAUUUAUAUGGCGAACCAUGGGCGAUAGCAAUGACAACUAGUCCACAAUUUCAUCGUCCAAUUUGUAGAUCAAAAUGUAGAGGAAAUGACAAUGCACGAACUUUAGCUGUUUCCAUGGCAACCCCUAAACCAGCAGUUGGAAUUUACAAACUAAGCUUUUGUCCACAUUACACAAGCUAUGUAUGAUGAGAAGGCAAAAGAAUUGAAUAAAAAUCAUGGAAUUUACAAAAAUAUAAAUUUCAUUGACACGUUAUGUACAUAUAUAUACUACUUUUGUGGAUUUGAAAGAUUAGUCAUUAUAUAUUUCAACUUUUUUCCCAGGACGCUAAUCUCUUGAACGAUCAAAGACAAAAUGUAUCAAUACUGUCGCGAGUGUUGGUCCAAUUCCCGGUACUCCCGUAGUACCAGGUUAGGAUUAGGCCAUAAUUUUAUUCCGAUUUUCCAUAUUUC